CUGAGCCACGCUGCUUCCCGAUCGAGGGGUGCCCACCCCGUGCCCCCGGCCCAGGGACGAGCCUGGGACCACCUCCCAACCUUCCUUUUGCAGCCCCCCGAUGGAGCGGUGCCAGGAGGUGAGGGCCCUGCUAAAGGCGUGGGAAUUGGCGUUCCUGCGGGACCACAAAAGGAAACCCACCAAGAUCGAUGUGGAGGCAGCCCCGGAGGAGACGAAGGAGCUUUAUCGGGAAUACCGAGUGCUGAAGCGAGCUCUGGAGUCAACAGCCCUCGCGGAUGCCGGCAACCCAGAACAACCGAGCCCCGCUUUGGAGCAGGAAAACAAGGCGACUGAGCCGGGCUGCUGGGGUGCCCACCUGAACCGGAAUGCGGUUGGAAUCCGUCAGCCCGCCCCCCGGGCCGCCCCCCAGGGAUCUGCCCACUAUUUUGGAAGGAAGCUCAAAUCCAACCUGAAAGCAGUUAUCCGGGAAGGAGCCCUCUCCAUCCGGACUCCUCGGCUUCCACGCGGGCGGCAGCAGCAGCAGCCGAGGGCAUUUUCCGUCCUCAAGUUGGGCCCGGUGACGACUCCGGCCCCGGUCGAAAGAGCGCCCGGCCCCCCUGAAGAAGAUGCCAUCAGCCUCCAGCCACCCUCCCCUCUCGGGCCGCCCGGCGGGGUCGCACCAAACCCCCGGCCCGGCCGGCUGCGGCAGCUGCGGCGUUCCCUAAACCGACGGUUGAGUUCUCUGGAUCCCAGCUGGCUGGAACGGUGUCAGAACGGGACCGGGGAGAGGAGCCCGGGGAGAGAAGCCAUCUCGGCCCCGCCUCCUCCUCCACCAGGCCCCCAAACCAGGCCCGAGGACCCUUCCCCGCCAGGCAGGGAGACUCCUGGGUCCCGCGAUCUGGCUGAAGAGCCACCCCGAGCGGCCCCCGAGGCUCCGGGAGCCAGUCCCAGCCCAGGCAGCACUAGCGAGGCAGAGGCGGCGCCACUCCGUGCCGGCCCCGGAGAAAGAGAAGCGUCUUCGGUCCUCCCAGGCAGGUGUAGGCCGAGGGCUCCCGCGGCCAAGAAGAGACAGAGAGAGAGCGGAGAGGAAGAGGAGGCCGCAGCUCCAAAGCGACAGAGGAAGAGACCGGACGAUCCGGUGAGCCGGGACCGGCAAGCGUCCGACAGCAGCGGGCGGCACGGCAAGAAACCCGUCCAGAUGGCGGCCCCGGAGGCUGAGGAAGAUCUCCUGGGAGAGAUUGCAGGGGCGAAUACCCCCCGGCCCCUCGCCAGCGUUAGCACUCGCAGGGCAGCCCCCAAGGCGAGCGGUAAUUUCGUCCGGCUCAACAUGAAGAAGAAAUGUUACGUGAAGGCCUCCGCGCUGAGAGGCAACCACCUCCGCAAGCAGGUGUGGAAGCAGAAGUGGCAGAAGAAAGGCCAGCAGUUCGGGGGAGGAGGCUCGCACGGCAGCCACGAAAACGACACCUGCUUCCGGUGUGGGGGACGGGGACACUGGGCCGCUCAGUGCCGGCGGAGAGGAGCCCCCUCCCACCAGCCGCCCGAACAGGAGAGCAGUCAUGCCCAGGAGGAGCCCCCGCUGCCCACCCUGGAGGAGGUGGCCCAGAGGACCAACACGGCGUAUAGCAAGAUCCCUGCAGGUGACGAGGGGACCGAGGUGACGGGGUCGGAGCUGCUGGUGCCCACGGAACGACCGGCUCACGUCGCUCCCGCCCCACCCCCGGCCGUGAAGCCCCUGUACGGUCUGGGUCCCUCCGGACAGGUGAAAGAGACCCCGGCCGAGGUGUUCCAAGCUCUGUCCCAGCUCGGCCACAAAACCUUCCGCCCCGGACAAGAGGCCGCUGUCAUGCGCAUUCUCUCCGGCCUCUCCACGCUGGUGGUGCUGCCCACGGGCACGGGGAAGUCCCUGUGCUACCAGCUGCCGGCCCUGCUCUAUGCCCGCCGCAGCCCCUGCAUCACUCUGGUCGUGUCUCCGCUCGUCUCGCUCAUGGACGACCAGGUGUCAGGGUUGCCUCCCGGACUGAGAGCCGCCUGCGUCCACUCCAACAUGUCCAAGAAGCAGAGGGAUUUGGCCGUGGAGAAGGUGAAAGCCGGGCAGGUUGAGGUGCUGCUGCUGUCUCCAGAGGCCGUGGUCGGGGGCGGCGCGGGGGGCGCCAGCUGCCUGCCCGCUGCCGCCCAGCUGCCACCCAUGGCCUUCGCCUGCAUCGACGAAGCUCACUGCCUCUCCCAGUGGUCCCACAACUUUCGACCCUGCUACCUGAGGCUCUGCAAGGUCCUCCGGGAGCGCCUGGGAGUGAAGUGCUUCCUGGGCCUCACCGCCACAGCCACCCGGGCCACGGCCAGGGACGUGGCCCAGCACCUGGGGACCCAUGAAGGGGUGGACCUAGGGGUGCACCUGGCUGCCAUCCCCCCGAACCUGCACCUCUCCGUUUCCCUGGACAGAGACAAGGAUCAGGCGCUGGUGACCCUGCUGAAGGGGGAGAGGUUCAGAUCUCUAGGCUCCAUCAUCGUGUACUGCAACCGCCGCGAGGAGACGGUUCGUGUGGCCGCGCUGAUCCGGACCUGCUUGCAGGGAACCCCGGGACCCCCCGAGGGUCGGGGGCAGGAGGCGCUGGCAGAGGCUUACCACGCCGGGCUGUCGGGGUCCGAGCGCCGCCGGGUGCAGCGAGCCUUCAUGCGGGGCCGGCUGAGGGUCGUGGUGGCCACGGUGGCCUUUGGGAUGGGGCUGGACCGGCCGGACGUGCGGGCCGUGCUGCACCACGGGCUGCCCCGCAGCUUCGAGAGUUUCGUGCAGGAGAUCGGGCGAGCCGGGCGCGACGGGCAGCCCGCCCACUGCCACCUCUUCCUGCAGCCCCAGGGCGAGGACUUGAAUGAGCUGCGCAGACACAUCUACGCUGACACCGUGGACUAUUUCACCAUCAAGAAGUUGGUCCAGAAGGUUUUCCUCCACUGUACCUGCUCCCAGCUCUUCAAGCAGCAGCAGCAGCAGCAGCAGCAGCAAGCGUUGGAUGCCGAGGUGAGUGACGGAGAGCUGCUGGAGGGAUUGGAGGCCCUGGAUCCUGCUGAGGAGAGGCCGGCGUUGCCAGGGGACAAGAGGCUGGAGGGCCCAGAUGCGGAGGAAGAGAAGAUGGAAAACCCAAGUUCCAGUGGGAAGGGACUCGGGAUGGCCGACCUCAAGCCCGAGGCGUUGGGGCCCGGAGGGGGUCGGAGGGUCUGCUCCGGGCACGAGAGGGCCUUCUCAGUGCAGCUGUCGGUGGAAGCCCUGGACAUGCGGGAAGAGGCCAUCGAGACACUGCUGUGUUACCUGGAGCUGCACCCACGUCGAUGGUUAGAACUGCUGCCUCCCACCUUCGCCACGUGCCACCUCCGCUGCUCCGGGGGACCCCCUCAGCUCCGGUCCCUGGCCAGGAGCUGCCCUCCGGUGGCGGCGUGCCUGGCUCGCCAGCGCCCGGCGGGGACCGAAAAACCGCUUGGCGACUCGCUGGAGUUCGACGUGGUGGAGCUGGCGGAUGCCAUGGGCUGGGACGUGGCGCCGGUGAGACGGGUGCUGCGCCAGCUUCAGUGGGGACCGACUCCCGAGAAGGGUGGCUCCGGCCGGACGGGGGUGCUGGUGGAGUUCGGGGACCUGGCUUUCCACCUACGCGCCCCCGGAGACCUGACGGACAGCGAGCGGGACGAGAUCUGCGACUUCCUGCACCACCGGGUGCGGGCCCGAGAACGGACGGCCCUGGCCCAGCUCCGCACCAGCUUCCGGGCUUUCCGGAGCGUGGCCUUUCCCAACUGCGGCCCCUGCACAGAACGUGUUGAUGAGGAAAGGAGUGAUCGGCUCAAGGCCCUGCUCACCCGCUACUUUGAAGAGGAGGAAGAGGCAAGCCCGGAUGAGGGUCCAACGGAGAAUGAGGACGACGACCAGCAUCUCGGCCAGGCCAGACUGCAGGAUUGGGAGGACCAGAUCCGCUCGGAUAUCCGCCAGUUCCUAUCCAUUCGGCAGGAAGAGAAGUUUUCAGGCCGAGCAGUUGCCCGGAUCUUCCACGGCAUAGGGAGCCCCUGUUACCCGGCUCAGGUUUACGGGCGGGACCGUCGCUUUUGGAGGAAGUACCUGCACGUGGACUUCCACCAGCUCAUCCGCCUGGCCACAGAGGAGAUCCUGCGCUGGAAGUAAGCCAGGCCAGGGUUUCGGGUUGCCUGGUCGGGGGAGAAGACCACCAGCCUAGAGAUUUGGCAACCAGGACUGUCUUGAGGCGGCUUUCCCCGAUGCUGGACCGGACCUCCGUUCCUAGGCCCCUAGGAGGACGAGGGGAGAAAGCAGACGAUAAACGUUCAUCCCGGGGUGCUCGCUGAGGAACGCCGGUCCUCCCGCCUCGAGCGUGGGCUCAGUGAGCGGGAAGAAAGCACAGCCCACCACCCACCGACCUAUGGCUGGGACGUGGGAGGGCUCAAGGAGUUGAAGGCAAUCUCUUGGACAGGAAGCAGCUGCCUUUCCAGCCCCUGGGGUGGUUGUUUCAGAGGUGUCUGAAACGUCCAGUCACUGUCACUUCACAGAGGAGUAGAACGAAAAGAAUGGGGUGGGGGGGGAUGUGUAAAAUAAAGUGGAACUUGCUUUUUUUA